AUGCCCUCACCAUCCACCGUCUCCCUCAAUGUUUUGAUAUCUGGCUCUGGUAUUGCAGGGCCAUGUUUUGCUUACUGGCUAAACCGCCUCCUUCCAUCCUCACAAAUCAUCAUCAUUGAGCGUAGCCCCGAACCACGCUUAGGUGGCCAGGCUGUCGAUCUUCGCUCAUCAUGUCUGCCUAUCGUAAAGAAAAUGGGCCUGUUGGGCAAGGUCAAAGAAUACAAUACAACCGAGGUCGGAAUGCAGUUUGUAUACCGCGAUGGCAAAACGAGAGCAACUUUUGAGGCAACAGGAGAAGAAGAACGACAGAGUGCAACGAGCGAGUAUGAGAUCCUCCGCGGAGACAUGGCCCGUAUCGUUUACGACGCUGUGAAAGACAAUCCCAAAAUAACCUUCAUUUUUGACGAAAUGAUCACAGCAAUCGAAGAGAAAGAAGACGGAAAAGUAGAAGUCACUUUCAAAAACAAGACUGCUACUACAACAUAUGAUCUGGUGGUAGGUGCAGAUGGUCAGAUGUCACGUACCCGACGCCUUGUCUUCGGUCACGGUCCCAACAACGACGAUUAUUUGUACCGCCUAGGACAAUAUUCCGCCUUGUUCACUAUGCCACGCGAUCCAACCGAUACCCAGUACGCACAAUGGUAUAACGCAUCGCGCGGCCGCCUGUUCCUUCUACGGCCAGACCAGUACGGUACGACGAGAGCAUACCUUGCCGUCACCGAUGCUAAUCUUUCCCGUUUUGACGAGGUUGAUCGCCUCCUGAAGAAAGGAUCAAGAGAAGAACAGCAAGCGUGGUUUGAAAAAGAGUUUUCAGACGCUGGAUUCCAGGCAGAACGCUGUAUCCGAGAGAUGAAAAAGGCAGAUGAUUUCUACAUGCAGCAGAUUGCUCAGGUUAAGAUGGAUACCUGGGUAAAGGGACACGUCGCUCUGGUAGGAGAUGCAGCGUAUUGUCCGAGUCCAAUCUCUGGUGUGGGCACAGGUGCGGGAAUAGUGGGCGCCUAUAUUCUUGCAGGCGAAAUAUCGAAGACGCCCAACGAUAUUCCCUCUGCUCUGGCCAAUUAUGAACGCGUCACUAGGCAAUAUGUCGACAAGGCACAAAGACUGAUACCGGGUGCUCCUCAGAUCGCAAAUCCUCAAACUGAAUGGGGCAUCAAAAUCUUCAACAACGUCACAGGCGUACUUUCACAUCCUUUUGUCCAAAGAUUCAGCGGUGUGCUGGGUCGUGUGAUACCCGCAUUUGGAGGCACGAAAAUCUGGACUCCGCCCGAAUACGAAGCAUAG